GACAAGUUCUCCCAACAAUAAUCAGUACAAGAGAAGUAUUGCCUGUCAUCAAGCCCAUGAGAGCAUCGAAUUGUCGAAACUAGCGUCGAAAAUUGCAAGAAUGUCGUCUUCUUCGCCGGUUGUGAGCGCAGCAUCUCCGGCAACAGCCACCACUACAAACAAUAACAUUCCGAAGCCCAAGAGACCACCGGCUCCCACAUUGUUCGUCGGACCUCCUUCGGCAUCACGAAACGCUUCUCAACUUUCUAUCCUGCGACCUUCAACAACAGCAGAUCCCGCCUUCAGAAAUAAUGCACCUACCGGCAUCGAUCCAGCACCAUCCUCCUCAUCAUAUCGCAACACCAACAACACCCAAGCUACCUCCACAAAACCUCAGCUAAGCAACUCCCGCCAGCAAGCCUCAAUCUUCAGUCCCGCUGGCGAGCGCGAUCUCGAAACUCGAUGGCGCGCCAUGCAAAGCACCCUCUCAGCCGUCGAGCGCACAGCACACCCCUCGGCCGCAACACACGUCUUCAGCGACGGCCACACCCGCGCCCUCGACGACCUGCGCGACGCCCAGAUUCUGCUCGCUCGUGCCUGGGGCCGAGGGAGUGAGGAUCGUCAUCAUCACCAAUUCCCGGGCGGCGAAAACGAUAGUGGCGAGGCUACGCCUACUUCCGCUACUGCUGCUGCUCCAGCUGAUGAAAUCUCCGCGGGCCCGACCCUCCACCGCCCCCAGCAAUCCCGCCAACACGGCCCCGCGGAUCUCAAUCCUGGCACCACCACGGAUGACUCCCCAACAACAAGCACCUCCACCGCCCUCCCCAGCGAACCCACCACCGCCACAACCUCCACACCCCCUCCUUUCUCCAGCGCAGCCCCCAGCCUCGAAGACGCCACAGCGCGCGAUAUUCAGCGCGCCAACGAGCGCCGGGCCGCGAACGAGGAGUAUUUCCGCAAAGUCGCGACGGGCGUGCGGGAGGUUGUGGGCCGCUUGGAGGGUGUUGCGGAGGCUAUGCGGAAGGUUGAGGGGGAGAGUCGAGGGUUGUGGGAUGAGGCGGGGAGUGAGAGGACGGGAUCUUCGUCGGCGGGGACGGUCAAUGUGGAUGGAAAUGGUGCUGGUAGGAGGUGAAGCAGGCAAAGAUGAAAUGAUUGUUGGAGCGCCCGAAAUCGAUCUGGUCCGCUGAGAAGGAUGCGGACGCUCGUUCCUAUUUCGAACAGGGAGUACGCUUUACGUUUUGUAUGAUCGGAGCACUUUGCUUGACUACGACCACCGCCUAUACCCGGAUGUGUCCCUUGAUAUCAUAAUGCAAGCGGCCCGGGGUUCGUAGAAGCGACCUCGUGUCCCCAGCGCCGGAAGAAGGUGUAUCUACAUUGUGCCGUGGUGGCCUCGCAUCAGGGUCUUUUUCGAACUUUGUGAAGACGGAAGCCUGCCUCCGAAAGUGGUAUAUCCCGGUAGUCCUAUACUUCACGAAAUCCUCCCCACUAAUCAAAAUACAAACAGGUACUCGUUUGGAAGCCCUGUCUCGCUGCUUGUACUACUAAAUAAUACUGC